UCCACCUCGAUCCCCUCGAUCAAUCCACUUGCACUCGUCCACACCGCUCCAUCCAUCAUGACGUCGCAGGACGUGCGAUCGAUUCUCAACUUGCCGGCGUCGGGCUCGGCGCCCACCACGUCAUCUCGCAAGGCGACCGGGCCACGCAAGCCGGAUGGCAUCUCCCGCGAGCUCUACGCACUCAUCGGCGACAACGCUCCAUCGCUCGCCGAGGCGCAGGCGUCCAUCGCCGCCGUCAAGUACCGGGACCGGCCAAAGCUCAAGACCAAGAAGGUUAAGUGGGAAUGGACGGAGUUCACGCCCAUGGCUCGCGAGGGAGAGCCUGGUGCGCCGCGACUGGGACAUUGGGUGCGGGUGACGGAUGAGGAUCCGCACGCGCGCAACGAGUACUUCGGCGGCUUCAACCUUCACGGGCCCAGUGUAAUGGAGUAUUCGCAGUACGAGUACGACCAGCACCUAGUUGACCCUGGGUGGUCUGCUCACGAGACGAGCUAUCUGUUCGACCUUUUGCGCGAGUACGACUUACGCUUCGUCGUCGCGGCAGACCGGUACGUCUACACUGGUGCGAAAGGGAACGAACCACCAAAGAAGCGUUCAAUCGAGGAGAUGAAGGACCGGUAUUACACCAUCUGUCGCCGCCUUAUUCGCACACGCACUGCCUCCGAUCCUGCGGUCCAGCAGCAGCUCAUUACCCAGUAUACGUUUGACAAGGCUCGCGAGAUCAAGCGCAAGCAAUACGCUUCCGAACUGUUCCACCUCACAGCGGCGGAGAUCGCCGAAGAGGAGGCGCUGUAUCUCGAGGUGAAGCGGUUAGAGCAGAACGAGCGCCGCUACCGCGCCGACCGUGACUCUCUCAUGCGCUCCGUGAUCGGGCUGGACAGCGGGCUGGUGUCCUUGGAGCAGAAGAAUGCAGAGGGCGUCCACGGCCUUGGGAACAAGAAGAAGCGUCGGCCCGAAGAAGACAGCGGCGUCGCAUCACCCGCUCCUCCCACCAAGAAGCAGAAGGACCAAGCGGCAUACGAUGCCGCCAACUGCAUCUACCGCGUGCCCGCACCAACGCCGGCUCCCAACUCUUCUCAUCUGGCUACCAAGCACCCCGCUCACGUCCCGGUCUACCUCCGCAGCACCAAGAUGCCCCUCCCGAAACCCAACACGGCCAUUCGCGUCACCGAGCUCCUCGCCGAGAUGGGCGUCAGCACGGCGCGGCUCGUCAUGCCCACACGUACCAACUUGGAGGCGUACGACGGAGUCCUUCAGGCUGCUGCGAGCUUAGUCGACAUGAAGCGUCAGGUCGACCGCGUCGAGCAGGAGAUCCGCACGCUCAAGGCGCAACGCGACGGUGGGUACGUACCGCCGGUCGACGUGAGCCGCAAGCGCUCCGAGUCCGUGCUGAGCACCGACACGUCGACGACGAAUCGUCGCAGUCGCGCUCCGUAGCCAGUGAGAUCAUGGCGUGGCGUAUAUGAGACGACGGUGUUGUAUUGCAUGUAUUGUGUACUCGUG